AUGUUGGAAAUCGGGGUUGGGAUUGGUGGAGUGGCGAAAUUUCCCGAUGCGGCACGGGUUGGUGUUGGGGGACCCCUCCUGUUGGAUCUCACUGCUGAGUUUCCCCCCGGCAGAUUCGUCGCCGUUUCGAAGAUCAGCGGCCCGCGCCGGCGCCUGCGCGUGCGGAGUCCGUCGUGCGCUCCGACGCAGAGGCUGCGGCGCGCCGGGAACGUUCGCCUCGUCGCCUCGACAGUGGCGCGUGGUGACGGGCAGGAGAGCCACCGUGCGGAGCGUCACGCCGAGCCUCGGUCGCCUCGGAAGCCGCGAUCACCGCACUCACCACGUUCACCGCGCCGCGCGGCAUCCAGGAGCCGAUCUCCGGACCGGCGGUCGCGUCGUCACCGUUCGCCCGGUCGCCAAGCCACACACUAUCGAUCGCCUGCUCCGCACGUGUCUCGCCCGCGGUCCCCAUCUGCGCGUUCGCCGCGGCCGUCAAAGCGCCAGCGGCUCUACUCUCCUCGUCACGGGGGCCGAUCCCCUGUUCGCCAGCGCCAACGCGUCCCAUCUCGCCAGCAGUCGCCCGCUCACUCGAAUGCAAGUGGACGUGGGCGUCGUGGGCAGCGGGGAGGGUAUGGACGCGGCGGAACUGCGCGUCAAGCGCCGUCCGAGCUUGAGCGCGUUCUCCGAAGGUUGGACGGCGUGGAGAAAGCGCUCCACCGCUCGAACGCGGAGGCGUCAUCCCAUUCCGUGCCGCCGGCUGGCCCCGUCGUUCCUCUUGCUGCCCUCCUGCCGCACAACCCUGAGGGCUCCCUUGCGCGUCCUGGUCGUCCGCUGCCAGCAGGGGCUGGCUUCGUGGGCGCAGGUGGUGGGGAUCCCUGGGCCGCGUAUGCACCCCUGCGUCCUCGCUCCCCUCCACGUGAUCUCGCUGUGUCGUCCCGCCGAACGCGCGCCGCUGCUGUCCUUCCGCCGAUGAAGGAAGUGCCCACGGUGACCCUGGCGCGCUUGUGGUCGCUGGCGGAGAGCCUGCAGAGCCUUGAGCUGAUACUCCUGGAGUCCCAUGGCUCCAUGGCGGUGACCCCACCGAGCACAUUCUCUCAGAUGCCACGAGCACGGUGUCAUGCGGCGGCGUCAGCGCUAUUCUCGUACGUAUCGCCACUGCAGGUUGCGCCCUCGCCGGGAGUAGUCUCGGCCACCCAGCUGGCCGAGAAGGCCCUGGAUCUGAAGACGCUUGUUGGAUCUCGCGGAACUCCUGUUGACGUUGUCGGCGCCACCGCGUCAGUGGUCCGCCUGAUGUGGUUGACCACGCGCGAAACGCUUGGUGAGCUUGAGGCCGACCGCAUGUAG